AUGGGAUUGAAGCUGAUCUCCAAAGUUGCCAUGUCCAGUGAAUCUGAGUAAGUAUUUACAUGAAUUAUAUAAAUGACCCAUUACGAUGUCUUGUAAAUGUUGUUACAAAUGGCUAACAUAUUUUUGUUAUUUUCCCUUUUUCAAGUAGUGAGACUGCAUGCCCCUCCUGCGCAAGCACACGUUAUGGAACAGGAGCAUUGUCCAGCAGCCAAAGGUUGGAUGAGGCACAGGCCUUGAACCUCUUCUAUCAACACUUCCCUGUCACAGUUGAUGGACAAUCAAUCAAGAAGAAGGACAGACUACUGAUUGCAGGAAGGCAUGAGAGAUACUGUUAUGACAAGUGGAGAAGCCAGCAAGAGAAAAUGAGAUGGGAUUAUGUGAUCGGUAAAAUGCAGCUAAAAUACAGUAAACUGAAUACAAUUUGAUCAUAUUAGGUAUUAUGAGAAUGUACUUGAUUUAGUCACAUAACUACGACUGUAAGUAGUCCUGGAUAAGGGCUUCUGCUAUUGAAUUAAAUGAAAUGAAUAAUAACACAUUUAUGUUUGUCUUUGCAUUGUUACAGCUCACUUCCCCAGAAGAGAACCCACUGCCAGUCAAGUAGAGAUAUACAUUGAAUGGCAGAACUGGGAGAAGAACAAAGUGAAGGUGGAGGAUGUCCUUCGUUACUGGCAACCUUCAAGCAACACUGACACAACAAAAGACAACAAGGCAAUUAUGAAGCUGGUGAAGUCCCAGAAGUGGAAAGGACUGUACAUUGCCAGUGACCCUGUCAUAGGAAGAAAGGUCAUGACGACACAGACAUUUGCUAAAGGGGAAGUCGUCUGUGACUACCACGGUCUCCCACUCUCAGGGAAGCAGGGGAAAUAACUUUUGGCAGCAACAGAGGAAGACGUGGUCCUCUGUAGCUCAGCUGGUAGAGCACGGCGCUUGUAACGCCAAGGUAGUGGGUUCGAUCCCCGGGACCACCCAUACACAAAAAAAAUUAUGCACGCAUGACUGUAAGUUGCUUUGGAUAAAAGCGUCUGCUAAAUGGCAUAUUAUUAUUAUUAUAUUAUAAGACGAGAUGGGGUACCUUUUACAUCUACAAGGAUGCAUCAGGGAAAACGUGCUACAUAGAUGCCAAGACUGUGCCCUGCCCUUGCCACCCAGAGAUGGACACAAUUGGACGGAGGAUCAACCACUCCAGAAAGAGAAGCAACAUAAAGGGUCAGCUUCAGCAACUUGAAGAGGAUGGCAACAUGUGGAACGUUAUCCUUUUCAUUGCCAACGAGACAUUCCGGUGCAGGAAGAACUGUUAUUUGACUAUGGGGUGUAAAGAAAAUAUUUUGGUGGAGAAGGAGAAGAUUUGGAAUGGCUUGACAGCUAGGCCA